AUGGCGACGGACUCCCGCCAGGCGGAGUUGGAGCAGAUCCAAAAUGAGCUCGACAUCGAGAUCCUCCCCGGUACCGAGAUCAUGGCAGACAUCGGAAGCCAUCACUUCGUCAAGAGCGAGGACAAGUCCCACCGCGUGCUCGUUCCCCAACCCUCCAGCUCGCCUCACGACCCCCUCAACUGGAGCACUCGGUGGAAGGUCUCGGCUCUCGUUGCCGUGUCGACCAUGAGCUUCACACAGGGCUUUGCGCCGCUGGCUCUUGGGCCCAUGUUUGGCUAUCUGAUGGAGGACUACAAUACCUCUUUGACCAACGUCAUCCAGUUUACUGGUGUGACAAUCUUGGUGCUUGGAUUUAGCAACUUCUUCUGGGUUCCCGUUUCAACGUCCUUUGGCAGACGUCCCGUCUUGAUCUUAUCCCAGAUCGUCUGUCUUGCGUCUCAUAUCUGGCGAGCAAAGGCUACAACAUACAACGGAUUCAUGGGUGCUGCCAUUGUAAGCGGCAUUGGCGCAGGCCCCGGAGAGACCAUCCAGCCGAGCGUCAUCGCAGACAUCUUCUUCCUCCACGACCGUGGCAAGUGGAACACCAUGUACUGGGUUAUAUACACCGGAGCUCUGAUCGUCGCACCCAUCAUCGCCGGCGCCAUGGCUGACCACACCGGCUGGCCCUCCUUCUGGUGGCUCAACGCCGCCAUGACAGCCGUAUCUCUGAUCAUCAUCACCUUUGGCUUUCCCGAGACCAUGUUCAGCCGUGACGAAACCACCGAGGGCCAGUCCAUCCCACCUGAGACAUCCUCCAAAGUUCUAGAAGUUGAGCAUCAGGAGAAGCAAAAGCCCAAUGACGGCUCCAACGAGAGCGAGUUUAAUGUCGAUAGGGACCCUUGCCUUGGAAAGGGGAAGCCGAGCCGACAGCAGUGGAAGCUAUUUCAGCCGAAUGCGUCUACCUUUCGAUCCGUCCUCUACGAAGUGUGGAUUCCUUGGAAGCUGUUUACCUUUCCGAUUGUACUCUUUGCGUCUUUUGUCGUCAGCUGGAGCUGUAGCUUCAUCUUGAUUCUCAACUUGACACAGACACAGGUCUUUUCAGCGCCUCCUUACAAUAUGAGCUCCCAAAACAUCGGCUUUACUAAUUUCUCACUCUUUGUCGGGGCUUUGAUUGGCCUUGCGACGGCUGGCCCAUUCAGUGACUGGGUUUCAUCUCGGGCAACGGCUCGGAAUAAUGGAAUUCGGGAGCCUGAAAUGCGCCUGCCAGCCAUGAUCCCCUAUGUUCUGAUCAUGGCCUUUGGACACAUUAUCACAGCCGUUGGGUAUCAGUAUAAAUGGCCCUGGCAGGUCAUCGUCGUGCUGGGCUAUUCCACAGCCGGCAUCCAAGUCGCAGCGCUCCCAAGCAUCAGCAGCACGUACGCCGUUGAUAGUUAUAAGCCUGUUGCAGGAUCACUUUUUGUUGCCAUCACUGUUAACAAGAAUCUUUGGGGGUACGGCAUGGGCAAGUUUAUUACGCCGUGGACCGAAGCCGAUGGUUUCAUCAACGCCUUCAUGGUAAACAUGGCUCUUACAGUGGCAUGGUGUCUCUUUGGUGCUGUGUUUUAUUUCUACGGAAAGACGUUCCGGCGAUGGACUAAGGAUAGCAGCGUGCAUAAGCUAUAG